AUGUUGCCUUCCCGAAGAGGAGAGGCCGAAACAACUGGAAUAGAGGAGAGGCCGAAACAACUGGAACAGAGGAGAGACCGAAAAGCAACUGGAACAGAGGAGAGGGAAACAACUGGAACAGGGGAGAGGCCAAAACAACUGGAACAGAGGAGAGACCGAAACAACUGGAACAGAGGAGAGGCCAAAACAACUGGGACAGAGGAGAGGCCAAACCAACUGGAACAGAGGAGAGAUCAAAACAACUGGAACAGAGAAGAGACCGAAACAACUGUAACAGAGGAGAGAUCGAAACAACUGGAACAGAGGAGAGGCAGAAACAACUGGAACAGAGGAGAGGCCGAAACAACUGGAACAGAGGAUAGGCCGACACAGGAACAGAGGAGAGGCCGAAACAACUGGAACAGAGGAGAGACCGAAGCAACUGGAACAGAGGAGAGGACGAAACAACUGGAACAGAGGAGAGACCGAAACAACUGGAACAGAGGAGAGGACGAAACAACUGGAACAGAGGAGAAGCCGAAACAACUGGGACAGAGGAGAGGCCGAAACAACUGGAACAGAGGAGAGAUCGAAACAACUGGGACAGAGGAGAGGCCGAAACAGCUGGAAAAGAGGAGAGGCCGAAACAACUGGAACAGAGGAGAGACCGAAACAACUGGUUUGUGCGCACGAUGGACGAACGUGGAACAGAGGAGAGAUCAAAACAACUGGAACAGAGGAGAGGCCGAAACAACUGGAACAGAGGAGAGGCCGAAACAACUGGAACAGAGGAGAGGCCGAAACAACUGGAACAGAGGAGAGACCGAAACAACUGGAACAGAGGAGAGACCGAAAUAA